AUGGAGCCCAGAGAGACUUUGAGCAGCUCCCGGCAAAGGGGAGGCGAGGCAGACUUUCUGCCAGCUGCCGUCACCUCCACGAAGGCUUCGCCAGUCUCGGGCUGUGCAGGGGAGACGAUGCUGUCUUCGUCGGGCGCGGGGAAAGGGAUCCCGGUGAGCAGCGAGAGGCUGGAGCCUGAGGAAGAGGAUGAGCUGGGCUCUGGAAGAGACGUGGAUUCCACUUCCAAUGCGGACAGCGAGAAAUGGGUGGCGGGAGAUGGCCUGGAGGAGCAGGAGUUUUCCAUCAAGGAGGCUAACUUCACGGAGGGGAGUUUAAAACUAAAGAUCCAGACCACCAAGAGAGCGAAGAAGCCCCCAAAGAACUUGGAGAACUACAUUUGCCCUCCCGAGAUCAAAAUCACCAUCAAGCAGUCUGGGGAGCAGAAACUUUCCAGAACUGGGAAAAAUAGCAAAACAACUAAAGAGGAGGACAGAUCACACUCCAAAAAGAAGGGAAAAGUCAUUGGAGAUUCAAAACUGCUUAUGAGUUGUGGUUGCAGAAAAGGGAAAAAUUCUCAAGUGAAAGACUCAGAUCAGAGUCAGAUGAAGAAUUUGGGAAGAGAGUGUGGGUUCCCUGUGCAGAGUCCAGUGACGAAAUCUGUGAACAAGGUUUAUGACAGGCCACAAAAACAUUCUGCUCUGCACUAUGAUCCGGGCCUCCAACAAGACUUCACCAGUGACACCUUAAAAUCAAAACACCAGCAGAAAAGUAGCAACCAGCACCACCUUGACUGGUCAGCGAGCUCCGACACUGGACCCGCUCCUCAGAGCUGCUUCAUCAGCACAGAGCCCAGCAGAGAAGCAAUUAGUGCCACCAAGGUCUCUGCUCUGGAGCCAGGAGUCUCCUACAGCAAAUCCCAGGCCAAGAAGUCCUGCAGCAGCAGCAGCAGCAGCAGCAGCAGCAGCAGCAGCAGCAGCAGCAGCAGCAGCAGCAGCAGCAGCAGCUCGUGGGGGCAGCUGUCGGUCAGUAGUAAAGAGCUGGCAAUUUGCAGCACAGUCCCAUCACCCAACAGCAUCAGCACGGCCACCCAGCCCAGCAGUGCCUCCGAGAGCAAUGGGCUCUUGCCUCUUGGAGAUCAAGAGGGAGCUGUGCAGCUGGAGGCCCCCGAUCAGCCCGCUGGAAGUACAAAGAAGAAGUCCAGCAAGAAGGACUUGAUGAGCCAAACCAUGCAAACCACAGAUAUGGAGUGGGUAAAGAAUGCUCAGAAAGCAUUUGACAGCAAAUCCCAUGACAGCAUGGAAGGGAAAAAGGAGUCUUACUCGAUGGACAGCAUGUUGGAUAUGUCACCCUCAAAGCAGAAUCCCGUUUCUGCCGUCACUUGUGAAAGUGACACCAAUCACGUACGAAUUACUAUCCCAAUAAAGUCUCCGACAACAGAUGCGUCGGGCCACAAAAGGAAAAAGAGGCAAUCCAUUAAAUCCUCCAUAGAGAAAACUAUCCAGGAGAAAAGCCUGCCUUCCGUGCUUGCUUUGAGCAGUGAAAUGGCAAACAGGACCAGCUCUCAACCAGAGGGGAGUAAAAAAGAUGUUCGAGCCACAAAGCCAGGGAAAGUGAUUGAAAAUGAGUCCCCCUUAGUAGCAAUUGACAGCGGUGUGUUCACAGACAAAGCGUCCCCCAACAAUGCUGCCCGACCCAGAAAACCUCUACCUGUGACAUCCACUCUCCUACCCACCAAUCUUUCCACAGCUGGCAAGUUACCUGACAUCCAGCACCCCAAACAUGCAGCUAAGCGUCGGUGGACCUGCAGCAAACCUAAAUCUAUUAUUCGGGAAACCUCCCUGACGACGUCUGAGAAGCUGAUGGUGGAGCCUCCUUCAGCCUAUCCCAUCACACCAUCCAGCCCUCUGUAUACCAAUACAGACAGUCUUACUGUGAUCACACCUGUCAAGAAAAAAAGGGGACGACCAAAGAAACAGCCUUUGCUCACUGUUGAAACCAUUCACGAGGGGACCUCCACCAGCCCAGUGAGCCCAAUCAAUCGUGAAUUUCCAGGAACAAAGAAAAGGAAGAGGAGAAGGAAUCUGGCCAAGUUUGCCCAGAUGGUUCCAGGAGAGGACAAGUCCAUCAGUGAACUCAAAUUUCACAAAAAGGUCGGGAAACUUGGGGUCUUGGAUAAGAAGACCAUCAAGACCAUUAAUAAAAUGAAAACCCUCAAGAGGAAGAACAUUCUCAAUCAGAUCUUGUCCUCCUGCUCCAGCAACAUAGCUCUGAAAGCAAAAGUCCAGCCACCAUCUAGUGCUGGGCCGACCACCAUUGAUGCCAGGCUAGGGAAGCAGAUCAAUGUCAGCAAGAGGGGGACUAUCUACAUUGGUAAAAAACGGGGCAGAAAGCCAAGGGCAGAGCUGCAGCCUCAGCCAGAAGAACCUAAGACAGCCAUCAAGCACUCAAGGCCUGUUUCCAGCCAGCCAGAAAACCCAGCAGUGCCUUCCAACCUGCAGUCACUUGUGGCAUCGUCACCAGCAGCUAUUCAUCCGCUUUCAACACAAUUAGUGGGGAUCAACGGCAACCUCAGCCCUGCAAGCACUGAAACUAAUUUUUCAGAGUUAAAAACUAUGCCAAAUCUUCAACCUAUCAGUGCUCUUCCUACAAAAACCCAGAAAGGAAUGCACAGUGGAACUUGGAAGCUGUCUCCGCCCAGGCUAAUGGCUAAUUCACCUUCUCACCUCUGUGAAAUAGGUUCUCUGAAAGAAGUCACGCUGUCACCAGUGAGUGAGUCUCACAGUGAGGAAACCAUCCCGAGCGACAGUGGGAUAGGUACAGACAACAACAGUACCUCUGACCAAGCCGAGAAAAGCUCAGAAUCCCGCCGGAGAUACUCCUUCGAUUUCUGCACCCUGGACAAUCCAGAGGCUAUCCCAUCUGACACCAGCACAAAGAACAGGCAUGGUCACCGGCAGAAGCAUCUCAUUGUGGAUAACUUUCUCUCUCACGAAAGUAUUAAAAAGCCAAAGCACAAGAGGAAAAGGAAAAGCCUGCAGAACAGAGAUGACCUCCAGUUUCUGGCAGACCUUGAGGAACUCAUCAAUAAGUUUCAAGUGUUCAGGAUUUCCCAUAGAAGUUAUACAUUUUAUCAUGAAAAUCCAUAUCCCAGCAUCUUCAGGAUUAAUUUUGAUCACUAUUACCCUGUGCCAUAUAUCCAGUAUGACCCAUUGCUCUAUCUUCGCAGGACCUCUGAUAUGAAGUCUAAGAAGAAGCGUGGUAGACCUGCCAAAACCAAUGACACCAUGACAAAGGUGCCUUUUUUACAAGGGUUCGGUUACCCUAUUCCCAGUGGGAGUUACUAUGCACCCUAUGGAAUGCCUUACACAUCAAUGCCUAUGAUGAAUCUUGGUUACUACGGUCAGUAUCCAGCUCCUUUGUACCUGUCUCACACGCUUGGAGCGGCUUCCCCAUUUAUGAGACCUACCGUGCCCCCACCCCAAUUCCAUGCAAGCUCUCACAUGAAGAUGUCCACCACUGCCAAACACAAAGCAAAACACGGAGUGCACCUGCAAACCCCUGUGGGAAUGGGCCUUGGAGACAUGCAGUCCUCCUUGGCUCCUCCGAAGGUUGGAGGAACAAGCCUUUCAAGUGGCCGACUUCACAAGAGGAAACACAAACAUAAGCACAAGCAUAAGGAUGAGCGGAUAUUGGGGACUCACGAAGAUCUGAGCGGUCUCUUUGCUAGCAAGUCCACUGGCUUCUCCAGCCACACCAUCAACGAGAGGCUGAGUGGCUCAGACAAAGACCUGUCCUUGCUCAACGAGAAGAGCAAGCACAAGGAGAAGCAGAAGCACCAGCAUUGUGAAACCGGGCACAAAGGCUCAAAGAGUAACUUUGAAGUGGAUACGCUGUCUACGCUAUCACUUUCUGAUGCCCAGCAGUGGUCACAGAGUAAAGAUAAAAGCGACUCAAGCAGUGAUCCCAUUGACUCUUGCACAAAGAGAUACUCUGGUAAUACUGAGAGUAAUGGAAGGUCAGAGUCCCUGGACAUGUUCAGUGAAAUAAAUUCCUCAAGUGAGAAGCGGGACAAUGAUGCAAGUGGGAAUAAAAGAAGAAGCUUUGAAGGCUUUGGAACUUACAGGGAAAAGGACAUUCAGCCCUUCAAGACAAAUAGGAAGGACAGAAGUACUUUUGAUUCUUCAGCCUCUUCAGGAAUUGCAGGUCCCCACUUAAAAGCAGACCAGACUUCACUUCAUGGUAAAAUGGAAAGUUCUGCCUGUAAUGUGAUGACCAGAAGGAAACCAGCAGCUGUUGACAGUGUUGCAAUGCCAAGUCCAGUAUUAUCUCUCCUACCUUCAUCAUCAGCAACAUCUGAAGCAGCCAGCUCACCACUGAAGAAAAGGUUCAAGCGCCGUGAAAUCGAAGCAAUCCAGUGCGAGGUGCGCAAGAUGUGCAACUACACCAAGAUCCUGUCCACAAAGAAGAACCUGGACCAUGUGAACAAGAUCCUGAAAGCCAAGCGGCUGCAGAGACAAUCAAAGACAGGCAAUAACUUCGUGAAGAAGAGGAGGGGGCGUCCUCGGAAGCAGCCCCUUUCCUUUGACGAAGACUCCAGAGACCAAAUGCCCGUUCUGGAAAAAUGUGUUGACCUUCCAAGCAAAAGAGGUCAGAGACCAACACUCAACCCGUUAAUACUGGAGCAAGCAGCCACUCAAGAUACAAUCAUGGCCACCAUCGAGGCUGUCAUACACAUGGCUCGAGAGACGCCACCGCUGCCGCCUCCUCUGCCUCCUCCACCCCCUCCACUCCCUCUCCCUCUACCCCGGGCGCCCCGGGUCGGAAAAAGGAAAAACAAGUCCCCGCAGGAGGAAGAGGAGGACGUGAAAGUGAAGCGGCACCGGAAGGGCAGAGGGAGCGAAAGCGAGGGCCUUCCCUAAGGCCAGUGCACCUCGUCAGAUGUUGGGUGCCCACAGUGGAGCACGCCAGGACUGGGGGACAGGAGGUGCACAGUCGGCCUCACCCCUUUGGCAGCACCAGACUGACCUGUCCCUUCAGCAGCCAGAACUCAUUGCAGAGAGCUGUGCCAGCUGGGGCGCGCAUCUUUCCUCUUCAUCGCUUUGACCCAAGCACCCCCCCCAAGGAAAGAGGGGGGAAAGGCGCGGGAAAAGUGGGGGAUACAGGGGAGGAGGAUGUGUGUCAAAGUUGGAAAAAGCAUGAACUCUGCCGAGUUUCCAAAACUAAUCUGAAUCUCAGCAUUGCUGUUCUCAUACCGUACCCAGAGGCUGGAAGUCAUCCUCGCAGAUAGCUGAACGUUGUCACUAAGGGUGCAUGCUCGACUCUGAUUCUGUUUGGUGGGCCAGGUGAAACUAAGAGUAACUUUACCAUAGUAUAAAUCACUGUAAAAAAAGGAAAAAAAAAAAAAGAAAAAAAAGAAACAAAGAAACAAAGAAAGAAACAAAGAAACAAAGAAAGAAACAAAGAAGAAAAAACCCAACAAAAAAUAAUGUAAUUUUCUCAACUGUGAUAUUGGUUAUAAUCUAUUUGAUUUUUUUUUUCCAGUUUUAUAUACCUACCAGGCUUUGGGACAGCAUAAGCCAAAAUGCCUGGCUCCUGCUAGAACUAUAUAUUUCUUUCUCAUUUACUUGCCUAGUUACAACUAGCUGCAAUAUAGGCAAUAGAAAAUUAGAGCCUUACACGCGUGCACACUCAUUCCGAGUGCUAUCCCAAGAAACAAUGGAAUAUCACAGCAUUUAAAAUAAGGUAUACACGGAUAUUCGGUUACAAUAGCACGUUUAUAUGAAGCAACUUGGCAAUGGCAUGUGAAAAAGGGGUCAUCCAUCAGCCAAGUUGUUUUGAUGCUCGGUACAUAUGAGUAGAGAACAGCAAGACACUUCUGGGGAAUAGUUAUAGUAAACAUGGAAAAAAAACACCAAAAAAAUAAUAUAAAAAAGAUAAAAGAAAAAAAAUAGGACACACAAAAAAAAAAAAAUAGAAUAAAAACCAGAACCCCAAUCUACCAAGUUUUUGCCAUCUGCAAUUCCCAGUGAAAUUAAUGGGAAAACCAGAAUAUUAAUAAUUUGCUUUGGGUAGCAAUGCCUUGAUAUUAUCUUUUAAAGAAAAUAGAUAAAGUAGAUUGUUUUAAAAAACUAUAGAACAAACCCUAUGGAUAAUAGAUCCUUUCUUGGCAAUUAUUUCUGAAAAAAAAAAAAAGAAAAGGAAUAAGUGUUCUUAUCUGAAAAUAGAAAUAAAAAUGUUCAAAGGGUAUCACCACUGCAAUUGUAUUAAUGCCACUUUGGACAUGUUCUCCAAGUUGUGGUUGCCUUAAUAAACUAAAAAAUAAUUUUUUUUGUACAUAAUGUAAUUAUAAAGCUCUCAGUCUGCAUGGAUGCAAACUGUGUGUGACAAAUCGUCUCUUUAAAUGGUCAGUUCAAAUUGUACAUUUCUCAUUCGAGUUGUCCGUUAGCCAUUGAUUAAACUUGGGUAAAAUACCCAAGCUCCAUAUCCACAGCCCAAUUAAAAUGUUUCACUAAAACAAAGACUGAACAAAAAGCUGUUCCAUUGCAGUGUCAAUGCUUUUAAAAAAGAAAGUAAAUUGUUGAAAUUUGAAAUAGGUACUUUCAAAUUUAUUUCCUUUCUUUUUAAAUCCUGCGGUGCACUCAACACCUAGCAUGGCAAGAUGGAUAUUAAAAUGGGAACAGGGAGGGAAGAUUCCACCAAGGGAGGGGGGAUUGGAAUUUCUUAAUGGUUGACAAGCCAAAUUCUAGUCCCUUUUUCGAGAAAUCUUGAAUUGGUUUAUUGCCAAGGAAGCUUCAUAUAGCACGACACUAAAAAAAAAAAAAAAAAAAAAAAAAGAACUACAAGAAAACCCCACCAAAAAAGCAAAACAACAAACUCAACAAAAAGUCCCCACAAAAAAAUAUUGUGUUUCUAUUCUGUUAUUUAUUUACAAAAAUCAUAUCAAGACUAUGGUGUUAGAGGAACACUGUAAACAUACAACUCGUUGUUUUUUAGAGACUGAUUUUUCUUCUGUGAUAGCACCUUAGCUUAUUAAAACUGAACGCAUAUGGGGAUAGGAUUGCGUCGGGGAGCUGGAAGAGGGGAUGUAUUAUUUUUUAUUUUUUUAAGACUGGAACAAAUUUUGAGGUCCCAACUCCUUAAAACUGAUAAGAGGGAUCGCAGAAUUUUGUUUCCAAUUUGUUUUGCAUCAUUCAUCAUACCUAUUUGUGCUUUUUGGUUUCCAAUUAAUGCAGCUUAGAAAUAAAUUGGCUGGUUGUUCGUUCUGUUAAAACCAGUUUUGCUUUUCAGCUCUCUUGAAUUAGCACAGUGUUAUUGACUGAAGUUGUAGGCCUGCAGAAAAAAAACCCUAAACCUCACUGAACUCCUCUCUUCUUCCUUAUAAAACAUUGGAUUGAGGUUUAGUUAAUUUAUAAAUCUUUUAUUCCCAAUCUCCUUUGGUCUUGAAAGUAGGUGACAGUCACUUAAAAUGACAGAAAAAAAUCGUAAGUUUGGUAUUCCAGGUAGCUGAAAUUAAGCCAAACAACUUAUCCUUAGUUUUAUCUCCAGUGAUGUCCUUCCUAGCAUUGAAGGACAUUUCAGUGUGUAAUGAGUGAAAAGAAGGUCUGAAGGCAACAAAUUCUGCCAUCCAACGCCCAUCGUGGCUUCAAGAGGGUCUGAGUACCCAUAAGGGCUGGAUUUGUGCUGGACCUUUGUGGACACACUGGGAUGAAACUGCCCCAGGGAAGGAUAAUUGAGUGGCUGCUGCCUCUCAAGCUCCUGAGAUUUGGGAAAAGAAUGCUCUUAUCCUUCCAAAAAGUGCUAUCCAAAAGGCUGCUAGAGGCACAGUGUUUAAGGAGAGCAUCCACAUGGAGGGAACAACCCCACAGACCCUUCGUUGAGCAAAACCAUGAAGAGGUCCUAUUUGUCCUAGAGAAACUAAGCUCAGGACUUGGUAGCUAAAAGCUCUCAGCAUGGGAUGGGCUCUAUCCAGAAGAUCAAGGUUUGUGUUUUCAUGGCAAGAAGGUGCUGGUGGAGCGUGAUGCUGUGGUUCAGCUUUGGCUGUUUGUCCACACAACACCCUCAUGCAGCUGGUCCUGGGCUGACAGGGAGAGUGGCUUGUUAGUGUCAUAAAAAGCAGACAAAAUACUGUUAGAUGGCACUCAGAAUUUGUGUUCUGCAUGUUGCAUAGUCUAUAAAGAUGAUAAGCAAGUUGCUGACAGAAUAAUAUUUUAAGGCGAUGUACUACAUGCAGAUCAUAAAGGAUUUAGUUUUAGGGCUUAAGGCUAAAAUCCCACUCCUGCCGUUUAUUACCCAACAAUAUUCCAGUAAUGAGCUUUUUGAUUUUUUUUUCCCUUACCACAAGGAAGAUUUACUGAGGAACUCUCUAGAUUCUCUCCACACAUUUCCAAAUACUGUAUAAUACUGGGGUGAAAGCCCUUUUGCUUACUAAGACCAAAAAACCUUUCAAACACCUCCACUGUGUCACAGAUUAGCACACAUCUGAGUAUGCUUCAAUAAAAACACAAAACAGUAUCACGUGGCUGUGAGCCAUAUGAGAUAAGGCCACGGGUUUGCAUCCACUCUGUGGGUCUUUUAUUCCUCAAUCCAGUGUAAAACCAGAAAUGGGGAUAAAUAUUCAGGGAGAGAGGAAAAAAAAAAAGAAAAAAAAAAAAAAAGAAAAAAAAAAAUUACCACUUGUGUCUCCAAGACCUUCAUGCUGCCAGUUUCUUGAGCCCUUCAAUAUUAAAUUUUCUGUGAAGCACCUUGCAUGUUUUUGGAUAACUUAAAAAAAAAAAAAGGAAAAAAUAAAUUUAAAAGAGGUGAAAAUAGUCAUCAGCUACCCGGGUAUCCUACAGCAUGGCCCAUUUGGCAGAAAUGUUGUGGAACAUAGAAUAUUGUGACUAUUUGGGUAGCAUCUGGUGCAAUGGGGUGCCAGUUGAUCACGAGGACUUCUGAGCACUACAAUAAUGCACCAAAUAAACAGAAAUCACUGUUCCAAACACAAGGAUUUCCCUAACUCUUAUUUUCACAGGCCCUGAUUCAGGACUGCACGUAAGCACAUCUAAUGAGCAUCCUGAGGAGUUUGAAGAACAACUAAAAGAAUACAGGGAAAAGGGAGUUUUCUGAAUUGAAAAAAUAAACAUCUUGCCCUUGUAAUGCCUCUUCUUUCCAUAUCAUCCAAAAACUGGGGUGCAGCAGUUCUGAGAUAAUUAGAAGCACAUUUCAACAAAAAACAUAUUGGAGAUCUCCUUAAGAUGCCUGCCUAGUUUGCAUAAAACACUACAUAGAAAAAAAAAGAAAAAGAAAAAAAUAUAAAAACAUGAAAAGAGCUGCCAAUUGGACAACAUGGGGAAGCAGUUCAAUCCCAUGUUGGUUUGUUUUACUUUUCUUUUUCUUUAUUUUUUAAGCUAUUUCUUAAAUAAUAAAUGCACAUGAAGUGUUAAAUAUGUAUAUACUGUAUUUCAAAAAAUUAAAAAAUCAAACGAAUGGGGCACAAGAUUGUUCUAUAAGUCGUGCUGGCUAAUUUUUAGUUUGUAUUCAUAAGUGGUUUUUAAAAGCCUUUUUUAAAGUGUAAUUUGCAUGUUCUACUUUGAUUGUAUGUAAACAUAUUUUAGAGCAAAAAAAUGUAUUUGUAUUUUAUUGAAUAUAGAGGCAAGAAAAAAACUUGUACAUUGUUUGAAAUGUUCUUUUUGUAACAGUUUUUAUUCAUGAAGCAUUUUUGUACAUUUAAAAAUGGAUAUGGACUUGAUGUUCUUUGAGGCUUAGAUACAUCUGGCAUGCUUUAAUGUCAUGCUCCUUCAUGAUCUUAGAUGUUGGUUUUUAAACAUUUUUUUCUAAAACAAAGCUCAGUCUUUUCGCUACCAAAUCAGGUUAGCACAGUAUAGAGCACUUAACUAAAAAAAAAAAAGAAAAAAAAAAGUUAAUCCUAUUCAUAUGUUAUUCAUUGUGUGAAAUUAAAGGAAUUCAA